ACGUAUGGCAAGGUCUCCCGCCCACGUAGUAGCGAUGCCUCCGCCGAUGACGUCUACACCAUCGGCGACGUCGUUCUCGUCAAGGCAAGCUCGACCACCAAGAUCCCCAGCGUAGCAGUCAUCGUGGCCAUCUGGAACAUGGACGGCGAAGGCUACCCCUCGAAUGCUCCUCUACAUGUCCUCGUCCAUUGGUUCGUCCGCCCUAACGAACUUCCGAAACAUAGGGUUCAGAGAGAAUUCUGUGAGAACGAGGUCCUCUACCACAUCUCCGGCACAGCCGUCAUCCCAGCCUUCUACAUUCUUAACUCGUGCACCGUCUCCUCCUCGUCCGCCUCCGCCAUCUGCACCUCCACCACCGUCUCCUCUGUCGCCAAGGUCUCCCACACAUCGUUCUUCUGCCGACUCGCCGUUGACCCCCAGCGCGGGCUCUACUAUGAGCUGAACUGGGACGCGCUCCGCGAGAGCGCGCUGAAGACCGUCCCGAGCGAGGACAAGCUUUUAGAGCACGAUGAGAGCGCGACCGUCGCGUGGCCGAACACAAGGAGAGGAGACGGGGCCAGUCCUCGCAAGCGGCGCCGCCUCUCCCGGACGGCUAUAGACCACGCCUCAGACUCUGACCCCGACGCCGAGGGGUCCGAAGACGAGUUCCAGGCAUCCCACGCUUCCGUGGACGAAGACGAAGACGGCAGCGGAGGCGAGCCCUCAGAGGACGAAGCCGAAGACGACCACGACAGCCUCGCACCCGACGAGCCCCGCACGCCCUCCCGCCGCGGGCGCGGCAAGCGAAAACGCGCCCCCACAACCCCCCGCACGCCUCGCACGCCCAAGACGCCCCGCCGGCCCCGCGCAGACAGAGUGACACUCGCGCAACCCACGCCCCAUUCCAAAGCGGCGUUGCGCAGGCGCAAGAAGACCGCGCUCGCCGUGCGCCCCCCGCCCCCCGCGGAGGGGACACUCGAGCUCGCGCUCUCGAACGGGCUCGAGGGCGACGCGUGGGAGCGCGCGAUGCACGUCCUACACGUGGCCGCGCGCCCGGGGGCGCUGCCUUGUCGGGAGCAGGAGUACGGGCGGGUGUUGCGGGCGGUGGAGGAGCUGCUUGAGGAGGGGAGCGGAGGGUGUAUCUAUAUCUCUGGGGUUCCUGGAACGGGGAAGACGGCUACUGUGCACGCAGUGGUGCGCGAGCUGAAGCGUAUGGCAGAGCAGAACGAAGCGAACCCGUUUGCGUAUGUCGAGAUCAAUGGGCUCAAGAUCCCCGAGCCCAACGCGGCGUACGGCCUGCUAUGGGAGGCAGUCUGCGGGCAUGACGCUGCAAGGGACGGGCACAUGAAGAUCUCCGCUAAAGAGGCGCUACGGAACCUCUCCAAGCACUUCAGCAACGCUAGUCGUGAGCAGGUCGGGCCCACGGGCAGUCAUGCCUGCGUGGUGUUGAUGGACGAGCUCGACCAGCUGAUGACGACGAAGCAAGAUGUCGUUUAUAACUUCUUCAAUUGGCCUACCUUGGCGGGAUCGAAGCUCGUCGUUCUGGCUGUUGCGAACACCAUGGACCUUCCCGAGCGGGUGAUGACUGGACGCGUGCGAAGUCGCCUCGGCAUGGUCCGCAUAAACUUCCAACCCUACACGACCCCACAGCUCGAAUCCAUUGUGAAAGCGCGUCUCCUCGCCUCCAAGACGGCAAGCCCACCUCUGCCCCCCAACACGCCCGACGUCCUCGCCCCUGACGCGCUCAAGUUUGCUGCGAUGAAGGUCGCUUCGAUCUCGGGCGACGCCCGGCGCGUCCUCGACAUCUGCCGACGCACCGUCGAGCUCGUUCAUCCCCUUCGUAAGCCCGCGCGGACGGAGGACGUCAAGGCGGUCAUCAAGGAGAUGCAGAACAGCCCGACUGCGGCGUACUUGCGAGAGCUCGCGUUCCACGAGCGGCUCGUGCUCGCCAGCUUGCUCAAGUGCGUCAGGAGGGAGGGCGUGGAGGAGAUCAAGUGGGCCGACGUGCAGAACCAGCACAGGAUAUAUCUGAAUCUACUCGCAGAGGACGAUCCCUCCCGUCGGCCGUCUCCUGACGAGCUCCUGCUCGUGUUCGACGCGCUGCUCGCAUCGCAUGCGCUGGUUGCAGAGGAGGGCGCGGCUAUUGCGCGUAAGCCUGAGGGCGAGCGGCGCGUCGCGCUCAAUUUGGAGUACGCGGAGGUCGAGCGUGUGCUAGGUGAAGUGGGCGGGCCGAAGUGGCGAAAUGCGCUCAACGUCUGAGCGACGCGAUGCAGGCGCUGUCUGGCAUAAAUAGCGUAUACUCGUGCGUAUUCGUCAUAACUGCUGCAUACAUACUACUACUGUACAUGGCCUCUGAACGAUAUUCUGCUGAUCAAAUUUUGUAUUCUUACAGUUAGCAUUUCACAUCAGGCUCAUCACAUAUCAUCCCUUUAUCGUGUCCGGCAUGUCUGGAUUGCUUACGGGAAGAAUUCUAGUAGUGUCGUGAGACGUUACAGGAGCCAGACCAGUCGAUUUGAACUCACCGUCGAUGCGCUCGACAGUCUCCAUAUCCGUCGCCUCCUCGAGAAAUCUCUGCACCGCCUCUCCCGCCGCCUUCGUGAGCGGCCGCAGCUUCGUCGUCCUCCAUUUCUUCUUAACACAGCGCUCGACUCGCCACCACCGUAGCGACUUCACCUUCUUGUCGUACCAUUCUCCCUGAUAUUCGUAUUCAUCGGCGCCGCCGCCAUAACGCUCGUCGGCACUAUCCCAAUCGGCACUAUCCCAAUGUCCGUGUUGCUUCUGAGACAACCCCGCCUGUACCUGUUUAAAGUUUUCAUACUCCCAGUCCGGUCCUUCGUCGGCGAGGGCAACGUAGCGCAAUGUCCGUAUAGCGCCUGCACAACGCUUCGGGAGUUUUUUCGCCAUUUCCACUCGCGCGUCGUACAUCUGUACUGCGACCUCCUGGGAAACGUAAUAGCAAGUCCAUUUACCAUCCUCAUCGUACCAAUCAUCACCUAUAGUCCGUCGCGAAGGCAUUUGGGUUAGGUGCAGCCGAAGACACACAAGGGACAGCGGGCGUAAGGCGCUGGGUAUGUUUGCCAGCCAAUUUGCGUAUUCCUCCCCCAAUCUGCUUAGAGUGACCUUCAGCUCCAAGUAUCGUAGGCGAGGGGCAAUCUCAGGGAUGCCUGCCCAGAAGCGCAUUGGCUGCACCCCUACUUCUACGGAAAGCUGCGCCCGUACCGGCGACACUUUUCGAAGUAUCAUCAGAACGGGCUCGAGUUCCACCGGCCAAGUCCACGAGUUAUCGAUAUCCUCGGCGAAGGUACAAUCCACUCGCAAAUGAAAUGCCUGAUUUAUGACGUCUUUGGCGCGGUGCAUCACCAACUCCGAAGAGAGGAUCACCGAGCGAAGAGCACCCCAGGUGGUGCCCGCCCAUGGAGUGUCGAUCGGCUCUCUGUUCUCCCAGCUGUGGUCCCUGUCGUCGCUGAUAUCCCGGCGCCUAUCAUGGAUGCUAGUGCCAACGACGGAAAGGUUAGGGCAGAGCGUGACGAGGUCCAACGCGGCUGCUGAGGGCUCCUCUAAGAAAAGCUGCUGGAUAGAUGGAUAUAGUGGGAGUGUUUCGGUAUGGUGCGGACCGCGACACGACCGGUCGGGAGAAAAGUGUCGCAGCUUCAGCGAAACGAGGCGCGGGAAAGCCGAGAUGGUGCGGAAUAGAGGGGGAUAUGCAUCGUCACACCACCAGCUGCUACAAUUUAGAGAAAGCGUGACAAGAUCCCGUCCGCUGGUACGAUGAACAUUCCCGGCGACAGACUCGUUAGCAAGAGCAUCGCCUGGGACGCCGUCGAGCUCAAGCCGGGAUAGUUGCGGUAGUGAUGCCACGGCCGUUACGACCCGAGGAUCAGAACGCCGAAGGGCCGCAAAGCGUUCGAUAGUCAAUCUGCGGAUAUUCGGAGCAUUCAUCAACAGCUCGUAUAUGAGUGGCGCGACCGGGGGUUCCAGAUCCUUUGGAUCGUGUCCGUCGAAAAUUUCAUCGUCGCGACCGUAAAUCUCCUCGAAGGUCGUCAUCGCCGACUCGCGGAUAACGAGGUUGUGAAUGUGGCGCGCACGUAGAGGAUUGUCGCGGACCAUGAUGUGAUGUAGAGCUCGGAGUGUGCCUGUAGACCAGCAGUCGAUCACCGCAGCGACUCGAGGAAUGGCAAUGUCGUAGACACGCUUAGAGGUGAGGGAGAGUGAUAGAGCAGUUCGACCAUGUAAGUAGUCGGCGAUGUGACGAAGGACGUCGUCAUUGAGGACAGGCCCCUGAGAGGUCAUCG